AUGGGGAUGUUCAUGAGCUUCAUGGGAAAAGGUUUGCCAACAACACAGUUGCUAAGUAUGUUAACGGGAACCCUUCAAAAGCAGUUCAUGGAGAAAGAUAUCUCAGAUUUCGAGAAAUUCCAUAUGGCGAUUCUUGAUAUCUUCGAGACAGUGAAUGCAGCAUUGCCUGGUAAACACUAUAAUGUUCCUUUACCAGAGGAAGUUCAGGUAUGCUUCGAGGGAUGGGGAAAGGCAGAUGAGUCAGAAAAGAAGAAAAUUUUAAUAGAAUUCAUGAAGACGAAGGUGAAUCUUAGCAAAUUGGAUGAUUUUACCCUCAUAGCCGGACUAGCAACACCUCCGGCUGCUAUGGCGGCCAAGAGAGCGGGCGAGAGUGUUCCCCAGCUUAAAUUGAUCAAAGCAAUUCCCGAUGUUAUUUUUGUGCCCUCGGCUACAGUGCUGGCUCUCAUUUCUGCCAAAUUAUCCCGGAAGAUGAUUCUUGGUCACGUUGCCUCAUAA